CGCGGGGCAGUGACGUACUUCCUGUGUGUUCCCGGAAGUGUCUGUCAGGGAGAGAAUGGCUGAUCUGCGAGAGAUCCAGAGCCGGCUGGGGGAGCUGGAGGAGAAACUGUACGGAGCCAGCACAGGGGGGGACACCGGCAAGAUAUCAGAUGGUCUGAUAAAAGUACAGAUUGCUCUGGGGAAUGUUGCAAGCAAGCGAGAGCGCGUCAAGACACUGUACAAGAAAAUUGAUGACCUGAUGAAAUACUUGGACCCACAGUACAUAGACAGAAUCGCUGUUCCUGAUGCUAUGAAGCUAGAGUUCAUAUUAGCAGAGGAACAAUACAUCAUAUCCCAAACAUCCCUCUUGGAACAGCUACACAACCUGCAGCCAUAUCUGGACAGUGAGCACAUCAAAGCUGUGACAGGCCAGGCCUCCAGAUUGCAAGCUCUGACGCAGGUCCACAUAAAACAGCAGGAUCAGUCUGAGGCGAUAACUGUAGAAACCAAGAAACUCCUUGAGGACUACAACAAACUGACUGUUCUUCUGUCCAAGCAGUUUGUCCUUUGGGAUGAAACAUUGUCACAGCUCGAAGCAGCAAAGGAAGCGAAGCUGAUCUCAGAGUGACACAGAACUACACGCUCCUUGUUAGCCUCCCAUGUUAUUCUCAUUCUGAUGCUUAUUUGGCUGGAAUCCCUAUCAAUAUACUGCUUCCCCUUACAAAACAUACCUCCAUUUAUUUUGUGUUAAAACAAAGAAAUAAUCCCUUGUAUGGUGGAUGAAUGCUUAACGUUACAUGCUCAGCAAACCACAGUCCAGCAUUAACAUGUUUGUGGAAUUUCCUAUCCAGAUACACCACAUAGUAAACUGCCAACAAUCUGCGUAAAAGCAGAUCUCCCUCAAACAGUAAUCGAGGGGUACACCUUCUCUCCUCCUCCCUCCCGCCGCCCCAACUAAAAUACUGUGUGUGUUGUUCAGACACGUAUUUAGUUUGUCUGAAUACAGAACCCUUUAUGUAUAGGCUGCUAGAUGUUGGUAACUAUUUAUAUGCCAGACACAAUAACGGCUCUACCUGACCCGCACACAUUCCAUUAAUAUUAUUAAUCAGACAGGAGACGGAGCAGGAAGGGUCAAGUGAUCAAUGUAACAGGGCUGUGAUUCUGGGGUGCCCGGCUUUCCCCGGCACAUUAAUGGGCAGCCAAAGAACAUCAGUAUAUUAUGACUUAAUGACAAACAGAUGUAGUCAUAAUCAGCUGGAGUGCUAAAGGCGCUAUGUCUAUAAUUUAUAGCUUUUAUCAGCCUCACUGUGUAUUAGAUCACUGGGUGUUUAAUAAUUAUCCAUGUAUUUGUCUUUUUAUUAAAGUUUUAUUUGCUGAAUGUAUUGAUUGAA